AUGGGCGGCGCGCCGCCGCAGCCUCAAACGGCGCCCGCGCAAGGUGCCAUUGGAGGAGCUCUCUCGGUUCUGAGAUUCGCGUCGCUAUGGAGACUUCGAGAUUUCCGGCAGGUUGAGCUUGUAACCAACGGAGGGGAAAGCAUUGUGGAGGCAGCUCCGGCGGCAGAUGAAGAGCAGGUACUCCCAACCCCAGCACGCUGGGCAUGGGCUGCUCCACGGCGACUACGGCGCCGCCAUGGCACACCCUCCACGGCCACGCCGCCGGCAAGUCGCCCGGGCUCCAGCUCUCUGGGGGGUACCUGGCACGAGCUCCCGCUCGACGAAUCCAUGGAGGUGCCGCUGGAUUACGAAGUUCCAGAGGCUCCUUCGGCAGCUGAGCGUCUUUCGGAGGCUCGUCAGAAAAGCAACGACUGCAUGGAGGCUUUGCGGCUGAACCUCGGGGCCGCGGCCCAGCGACCGGGCUCCUGGCCUGCCGGAUGCGCAGUGGAGGUUCUGCUGCCGCCGGGCCCGGAUGCUCGGGUGGCGCGCUGGUCCUGCCAGUCCGGCAGACUCGUGAGGUAUGACCCCACGGCCAACUGCAUCCAGGUCUCCUUCCUAGACGGCUCUUUGCAAACCGUGCCAGCAACGCGCGCGCGGCGACUUCACGGCUCGAGCGGCAUUGCAAGGCCGCAGGUCCGGGAAGUGCUGCGAUGA